AUGGCCUUUGCACCAGGCGAUGAUGAUGGCAUCUUAUUGGAUGAUUCAGCUAUUAUUUUAUCUACACGAGAUGACUCGGAAACCUUGUUGUUGGAUGAGGAUGAGGCAUUACAGGAAGCAGCCGACCCAAAUUCGGAUGUUGAUUAUGAAAACUUCAAUGCAUCAACACCUACACCAUCAUCACAAUCGACCCGUGCACCCAAAACCUACAAAUCCAGAGUGCACAUACCAACCUUUUUGAAGGUGUUGAAGGACCCAAAGAAUCUUAGACGCUGGUUCUUUCUGGGGAUGUUCACGGCUGACGGAGCCAAUUGCAGCAAAUACCACGACUUCCAUUUGCGAUCCAACGAAUUCGAUUCUCCAUCGCACCUACUCCAAUUCGUGGGGAUAAAGGUUGCAACCUUCAAGUACGUUAUUUAUUUCAUCAUUGCUAUUGAGCCUACUGAAAUUUGUUUCUACCCAGCUUCAUGCGCCAGCCAACAAGUGGGCCAACAAGAAGAACACCAAAUGGAGCAACUUCAAGCUUUCGAGAACGACGACAUUGAGGAUGUCUGGAAGCAUCUCCUGUGGGUGCUUGGAUACUUUGACGGCGAUGGUCAUGUGGAAUGGCCUGACUCUGUACGAAUCACCGAGUUCGACCUCAUGGCUCGGGGCAAGAAGAUGCUGUCAUGGAUCAAGAACAGGUUGGAAUCCAUUGGCUUUACGGAUCUUACCUUGCACAUGGCAAGACAACGACAUGGCCGAUGUGUUACGAAUAAGCUGUUCUCCAAGCAACAAUAUUGA